UGCCUUUCAAUUGUCGGAGAAAAAGAGUAGGUAGAAAAAACAGAGAAAUUCCGCCGAGAUUCGAGGAUUCGUGGCGUCGAGAGGUGUCGGCGCGCCAGCGCUGAACCUACUGGAUGGCCGGCGUCCUCCGAUGCGUCGCGGCAUCGGCAGUAGUGAUUCGGACGGCGUCCGGAACAGUUCAUGACGAGUAGUCUUCUUCUUCGUGAACAAACAGUGCAGUUCGGGGAAAACAAACUAUGGGACAUGCUGGUAUCGCCGUGCAAAAUUAUCCGAGUGAAACCACCGCGUGCCGUCAAUCGUCGACAUAGAUGAGGAGCUUAAACAGAAAACAUUCCGUGGUUAGAAAAAUAAAAAAGAAGAGACUCGGUCUGGUGUUUAAAAAAAACUGUGUUGUGGCGUUUCUUUUGUUUUUCAUUCAAUUCGCAGAACGUUUCGCGAAUUUUGAACUCUUGAACUAAUACAAACUUCGAUAAUCAAGUGAUAACAAGACAGCGACCGAUUGAAGUACGCUUUUCGGAAAAGAGAGCUGCAGAAAGUUUCGUAGCUUUAACAAAGAUAAAUCUGUGUGCACUUUGGUUCCAUAACUUUGCUCUUCGGAGAUUGCAUUCAGGAUUGAAUCGGAUAAAGAGGCAAAUUUCACUAGCUUCCAUCUUUUAUAAGGAACCAAUUCUACAAGAGAAAAAAAGGAAAACUUCGCUGAAGACGAAAAAGAAGAAAACUGAGCAGCAGAAUGAAUGGAAGUUCCAUUAACUCACUUUGUACGGAGCCAAGCCAUUAAGGAAACAACUUCAUCGACAAAGAAGAAAAAGCGCUCCAAUUUCGAACCAUCGAAAAAUAAUAAAUUGUAUCCACAUCCGAGGUGCCGCUACAGAAUGUCGAUAAGACUUUUCGAGAAUGCAAAGUGAACAUCGCGAUAUGGCGCCCACAGUGGCUUCGAUCCUGUCGGGUAUCACCUGCUCGGGAAGUGAUCACAAUGACACCGUGACGUCUUCCGAGCGCUACUUCAACGAUACGUACGCGGACGGGCUGAGGUCCUCCGUCAUGUCACCCGGCUCAUAUCGGGACUCUCUCUACGUGGUGGUACCGGUGACCGUGAUCUACGCGCUGAUCUUCAUCACGGGCAUCGUCGGCAACGUCAGCACGUGCAUCGUGAUUGCGCGCAACAAGUCUAUGCAUACCGCCACCAAUUAUUAUCUCUUCAGUCUGGCCGUAUCCGACCUGUUGCUACUGGUGUCGGGCCUGCCAGCGGAAAUGUACAUGGUUUGGUGCAAAUUCCCAUACAUCUUCGGCGAAGGCUUCUGCGUGCUACGCGGUCUCGCCUCGGAGACGUCGACGAACGCGUCGGUGCUCACCAUCGUCGCGUUCACCGUCGAACGUUACGUGGCGAUCUGUCAUCCGUUUCUCUCGCAAACUCUGUCGAAUUUGUCACGCGCGAUCAAGCUGAUUCUGAUGAUAUGGCUGGUGGCUUUCCUGUUCGCAUUACCGCAGGCACUGCAGUUUGGCGUGGUCAGGCACAGCCGGCAUCGAGACAUGGUGAUGUGCACGGUCAAGAGAAUUAUCGUUAAUCACUCCUUCGAGCUGUCCACGUUCCUGUUCUUCGUGAUACCGAUGUGCCUGAUCACGUUUCUCUACGUGCUGAUCGGCCUAAAGCUGCGAAAGUCCAACAUGAUGAAACCCGUUCUGGGCAGAACCGAAUCGAUGAGGAAUUGCAGACAUUAUCCCGGAAGGCCGUCGAGAAGAGUGUUGAAAAUGCUAGUCGCAGUCGUGAUAGCAUUCUUCAUUUGUUGGGCUCCAUUUCACGUGCAACGAUUGAUUGCCAUAUAUGGAACUAAUACAGAGGAUCAUAUGACGUCAAAUGGUCCAUGGAUGGAGUAUCUUUAUCUUCUUAUAACCUACGUCUCAGGCGUUUUAUAUUACGUAUCGACGACGAUCAACCCAAUACUUUAUAACAUCAUGUCGAACAAAUUUCGCAUGGCGUUUAUGGAGACAUUAUCGAAGAGCUGCAGACUUCCUGGAUUGCCAGCGCGUAACGAGCAACGAUCUUAUUCCAGCUUGUCGCGAUCUCAACAAAGGACGGUCGGUCCUUGCAACUCAAGGACAGCAGGAACCGGUGGUGCAUCCUGUGUAAUGCCAGAAAGUAUGGAGGGCUCCGGAAAUUCCGGCGAGGAUAGCCAAAAGCAGGCCAUAAACAAUCCGGAAAAUCUACCGAAGUCGAUUGAUAUUCCGGACGUCAGGGCCAAUUCGAUGCGCAAAGAACACACCAAAGAAACACGAAACAACAACGAUAUCGCAGUGACAAAGAACAACCUGCAGCCGAUCAGCGGGCAUAACAGGUGCGAGGGCCAUCGUGGGAGGGAUCGUUCGAUCCGCAGAAAUCAGGAUACAACGUGGUCGAAGAGAACGAGAUACAAGAGCGUGAAAAUGCCCAAUGCCAACGCUUCCGAAAAGAAGUGGUGGAGGUUCCUAAAGUGGUUGCCCGGGCUAAAGGAUCUCAAAUUUCCCGGAAGAUCGACCGUAGCCGAGAAUCACGAGUCCGGGAACUGUCCACGCGAGGAACUGUCCAUGACGAUGUGGAACAUUCGCGAUGACAACGAGCAGCGACCAGCGUGAAUCUCAUCUCAGGUUUCUGCAACUCGAGAUCUUCGAGAAGACUGAUUUCGACUAUUUUUGUCGGCCCGCGUUUGCAAACGACGCAACGUCGUUAAUGAUCAUUACGGGAUGGAUGACAGAGGAUAAUGGCGCCGUAAUCAAUUAUUCAAUCAAGGUCCGACAAUCUGAAGAUCCGAGGGGUCGUGAUUUGUGAAUUCUUCUUUGACGAAGAUUGAAACGAGUGUUUGUAACUUUGACUCAUGAUUAAUUCAAAAGCCCUUAUAUAUGUCCAACGAACGUAGAAAAUAUAGACAUUUCUGGAAAAUACAUGACACUAUCAUCGUGAUAUAUACUUUACGCGUUUGUCAAACGAAUUUCGCGUAACCUCAUAAUCCUCGGAUGCUGGCAUUCCACGUUUUGCAAGAGCUACAAAUACAUAAUUCGCGACACCGAUAGAGUAAAUAUGUCAGAAAUAUCGCCGUAGCAUAUCGCGAUAACUUAAUAAGUCAGCCAACGCUGCGAUCCGACUCAUAAAUUUUUCCGCAAUGCAUUCUCGUCAUACACAUACACACACUCAUUGAUCACAUUCCCAAAAGUUUUCUGAUAUAUUAUACCAAUCUAUUGGAGCGCAAAUAAUACAUAUAUUAAUCACGUCCUGUUUUUUGAUUUUACAAUAUCGCAUUUCCAAUAUCAAAACUGUAAUUCUAUAACUAUAAUCUCUCUAAUGCAGGAUUAUUGAUAUUGGAAACAUAAUGAAAUAAAAUAAAGUGUCAUUUUUAAAAAACGUAAAAUUUGGAAGUAGAUUAAAAUAUUUUUAUAUUUUAUUCAAUAAAUUUAAUUUUUUGCUAUUCGACGCUUUUGUUAAAAACCUAAAAAUAACAAUAUGCCAAUUGUUGCUAAGUACGCAAAUAUCAUAAUAGAUAAUUAUCUUGAAAUAUGACAGCAUUAUAUAUAGAGUAGUAUAAAUUAAAUUGAUUAUUUAAAACAUAUAUUCGCGUAGAGUAUUCAAUACGGAUUCAAAGCCAGCUCUGAAAUCAAGUAGAACUGAUUACCUUGGAGUUUCAUGGGCGUUAACGAUUAACACGUGUCAUGCGUUUUGACAGCAUAUCGCGUGUACACGCUUUCGACAUUGCGUGUCGCAAUACGCACAAGUUGCAACGACACUCAUUUUCCAAUAAAACAAAAACAUUCUUACCUGUAAAUUCUCUUCAUUCUUUAUCGAAACAUUAUGCGUAAUUAUUUCAUAUGAUCUGAUCAAAUCGAAACAAAUAUGUCGAGUUUAUUGUAGAUUCAAGUCUGCGAAUGUUACAAAGACAGAUGUUUCGUGUUAAUGUAGAACGUAAUGCUGUAGCGUACAUCUUAGCAUAAGAUAUUGUCACUCUUUUCACGUCGAUUUAACUUCGAUAAUGUGAUAUUAUUUAUGUAAAUGACAUAUAUAUUAUAUGUAUAUAUAAGUAUAAAUGAUUAUUUAUAAAAUAAUAUAAAUAAUUGUAAAAUUCUCUUUAUUUUUAUCCACGUGUCUUAUUGAUGUUAUUCAUAAGUGUAUACAUACCUCAAAUCAGGAUAUUUUUGAUAAUAACAGAUGAGCGCCUGCAAUGCAUCUUAAA